CACAGGUACAUCCGUAAAUUCUGUUCCAACACAAACCUCUGUCGUACGUCGCGGAUUUGUUCGCCUUUUGACUGAUAAAUCUGCCAUCUUCAUCACCAAAUACAUUCUGCUCCCUUGAAACGCCGCGCAAAAAAGAGUACAACACGCGCGCAGAAGCAUCAUCGUCGUCGGUCGUCGGUCGGCUGCUCGUGUUUCGAAUUGUGAGUGAAGUACCAGGCGCUGUACAACAUCCCCGUGCCGUGCCUGCUUAUCGACAAAAACCAACAAGUCAGCUGGGAGUUUCCUUCGCUCGCGUGCUAAUUGCGAUUGCCGUGCAAGCAAGAUCGAAGGUGAAGAAGCUUGUGGCUGCGGAAAUCGCUUCGUACCUGAUCGUAUAUCAAUCUCCACCUCCACCUCGCAUUUGCCCAGCGCCUUACAGGACACGGAUCCAUCGUGGUGAGACACGGUGGGAAAAGAAUUGCCUUUGUAAUCCCGUGCUGGCUAUACGUGUACCCCUCCCCCACCGUACGGAUCUGGAUGCGCCUUUCUGUUUUCGAUUAUUGCGUUGCAUCUUUUAGGUCGUUUGUUCGGAACAAGUUUUGACUGCUGCCAUCCGCGGGCCGGGUCGAAACACGGAAGCGAAUCCGUCGCUUUUUGCGAAAAGAGUGUUUUGUGUGCCGCUUCUGCCAAGCGUUGCAGAUCAGCCUCCCCCCGACAUAUCGAUCAUUGUCCCCGUGUAGGGUGCGAACAAGUGCGCGGGUGUGCGAACGGAGUGUAUCGUCCAAUUCUAGAGCCAUCGAGGUGAAUCGAGCAGAAAAACAGCAAAUAUGACGUACAAGCAGCGAAAUGUGGCUAUGAUGGGAUACCGUUCCGUAGGAAAAUCUUCCCUCAGCAUACAGUUUGUCGAAGGGCAAUUCGUCGACUCGUAUGAUCCUACCAUAGAAAAUACGUUCACGAAAAAGACCCGCAUCCACCAGACGGACUAUGAGAUCCGAUUAGUCGAUACGGCCGGACAGGACGAGUACAGCAUUUUUCCCGCCCAGUACAGCAUGGAUUUCCACGGCUACGUGUUGGUCUACUCGAUCACCAGCCAGCGAUCGUUCGAGGUGAUAAAAAUCAUCUACGACAAGCUGCUGGACAUGAUGGGAAAGGCAUACGUCCCGGUGGUGCUGGUCGGCAACAAGACGGAUCUACAUCAGGAGCGGGCCGUGCCUACCGAGGAAGGCCGCAAGCUGGCCGAUUCGUGGAAAGCACAGUUCCUAGAAACUUCCGCUAAACAAAAUGAGUCUGUGACCGAUGUAUUUUCUCUGCUGAUUGCCCAGAUCGAACGAGAUAAUGGAAACACGAGCGAAAAGAACAGCUGUACCGUUUCGUGAACAGCUUCAUGGUAGUGUCCGAUUUUGCAUGCACCUCGUGUCGGUACGAAGGCCAGAGCGAUCACAAGAGCACGUUCCCGCGCAACAAAGGUAAUGGUGGGCAGGCAGGGUGGGAAGGUUCCUUUUAGCCAAGGAAGUGUGUAUAGCGUGCAGAUGGCUUCUUAACGGAAUGCAGGCUUUUUAUUUUAUUCAUCACAAUGCAAUCGGAAACCUUUUGGGCCAGGGUGAUAAAAGUGGAGAAAGAUUGUAUUGCCUUACAACGAUUGCAUCUGUCGGUUUUUAUAAUUCACUAUUUAUCAAACGGAAAGGAAAUGCAAUGAAAUACUUUUGAAUUGUAGAAUUGAUCCACCUAGCAAUGCAAAGCAGCAACUUGCAACCAUGCGCACAGAUUGUUCAAAAGUCCUCCUAUCAUACUCAAGCAAAGGCGAAGCGCGCCACAUCCGGGCGAGCGAGGUAAAAAUGAAAAAAGAAAAAGAAACGGAAAAGCAUCAUUCACAUUAAGUCCUCCGGUUUUUUAGCAUCUAAUAGCAAAAUGAUAUCCCACAUUCAAUAAAUAGGCAACACGAUCGAACACGGUCUGUACCUCCCGCGAUCGUGCUUCUAGCUCUAGCUCAAUCAUGGCUCCUUUCGAUUCCAUUGCACCGUGAGGGGACUAGGUACUACUUUUGCGGGUUGUUCGAUCCAGGGCGCAAUAGGGUAUGAAAUUUAGUAUACAAUACAAUUAGUUCGGUUUACAAUAAACUAGUAGCUAAUUACGGAUGGAAAAGACACCAUAAAAUGCAUCCAUGAGUAUAUCCACGAGUUUUCCAUUGUCCGAGUUUCUAUCUACAGCAGCUCUCAUAGGCGGCAAAAUACACCAGGCAUACAAUUUCCCACGCCAACCGAUUGUUAUUAGUACAUGCAAACUGGAAAGGAUAAUUCUAACAGCUAACUGGAACAUGUUUGAACGAAACACUGGACUUGCAUGGGUUUGCGCGUAAUGGCCUCAAAGCGUACAAGCUACUCGUAAUCUGCAUCAUUUGCAACAUGGUUUGUGUAUCAUGUAAGUCCGUGAAAUUGAUAUUUCAUUACAACCGAUUUGGGUAACACAUCGAUAGCAGCAGUUGGCGAACAUAUGACUAAAGAUGCAUCUUUAUAUUUCAAUAUACAUACAGAUCAUUAGGGGCAUAGUCAUGCAAAACCAGAUCCACGAUCUUCUCGGGCAUACAAUUCAUUUUAAUUCGUGUCCAAAACGGGCGUUAAAUGCAAAACACAACCUUGGCAGAAGGAAUUAUACACACGCUCUUCAAUUGCACCACAUUUACCCGGCGGCUGCAGCAGGCUCUUGUAGGUUUUGUAAUAUAGAAUCGUUCAAUGAUCAGAUCAAUUUAAGCGGGCAAACAAACACGGGUUUGAGGAAAGCAGGAUAGAAAUUGUGUGUUGAUUUUAGUGGUGUGGUUGAAUAGCUGAACCUAUUUUGGGACACCUAAGAAUUUUGCUUCUGCGGAGGAUCGUCAGUUGAAGUAUAUAGAAAUUUAAUUAAAAAAAAAAA